GAGGGCGUAGAGGAGGAGGAGGAGGAGGACAGGAAGGGCUGGGAGGAGAUCAUCAUAUUUUACUCCACUGUACUGAAGAGAAGUUCAUACAACCUAUAAGUGACAGAGACCUGACUGGAUCUCCGAGCGACCGUCACCAUGCAACAGCCCAGCGUGCCAGUCCAGGAAAAUACUGUCCUCACCACCGGGGCCGGAGUUCCCAUUGGUGACAAACUUAACGUCCUUACGGCCGGCCCUCGGGGGCCACUGUUGAUGCAGGAUGUGGUGUUCAUUGAUGAGAUGGCGCAUUUUGGCCGGGAGAGGAUCCCUGAGCGAGUGGUACACGCUAAAGGAGCAGGUCAUCGUCUAAAGAAGAGCUUCUUUCCUAAGGAUGAGGAUCCUUAUUUAAUCCAGGACAAAGCUGAGCAAGGCUAUCAAGAUACAUACAGAUUCUCCAGCAUACUUUGGUUUUAUGAAAAAAAAAAGAGGAAGAUGAGCAAUGUGAGCUCCAGAUGGAUGACAAUCCACUGGGAUUCAUGUCAGGAAUAUGGAGCUCAUUAAUUUUAGAUUUUCAAUUCACAGCAGCUAAUGAUAAGCAGGUUUUAGCUAGCCUUUUGGGAACAGAGAUAAGAGCAGUGUGGUAUAAGGAUAUACUGCACUGACAAGCAUAGGAGAAUAAUCCUUGAUACUAGAUUAUAUUUUACCAACCAAAAAGUACUUUGCUUCUUAAAGAUUGUAUUGGGAAGUAAAUGACUGUGUGAAGCCUUAUCCUCUUAACGAUUCAAAACCUACUGGAUUUAAAAAAAUAAACAAUUUAUUUCAUACAA